AUGGAGAAAUUAUUGCAUUGGUCAAUUGUCAAUGCACAAGAAGAUAAGGAAGCAAUCGCUAAAGUCGGCCAACCCGAUCCUAAGCUUCUGCAGCAAUUAUUUGGAGGCGGUGGCCCAGACGAUCCAACACUUAUGAGAGAAGCCAUGGCAGUUGUGAGGAAUCAGGAAGCAGAAUUAGAGAAUAGACUUGUGGCAAUGGACAAUUUUGAAAUGCUGAUUGAGAAUUUGGAUAAUGCCAACAACAUCGAAAACAUGAAGCUUUGGACUCCACUUCUAGAGACACUCUCAGAUAGUGAAGAAGAUCUCAGAGCAGCCGCGUUAUCAGUAAUUGGUACAGCAGCUCAGAACAAUGAACCUACUCAGAACGCCUUUUCUAAGCAAGAGGAAGGUCUAAUGAAAAUCAUUCAACUAGCCAAUGAUACCAAAGAGCCUUUGAAUGUCAGAUUGAAAGCAUUUUAUGCUUUGUCGAAUUUGAUCAAGAAUCAUACCGUUUUGGCUACUGAGUUCCUUAAAUCGCAUGGACUUGAUAUUAUAGCACCUGUUCUUAGUGACCCAAGUUCUAAACCUAAAUUGAAGACACGAGCAGUAUCCUUACUGAACGCAUUUUUGAGCUCAGUCGAGGUAACAGAAGGCUUGAUAUCGACGCUACGGGAAGAUGGCGUGGUGGAAGCUGCGAUUUGUUGUCUGCGCUCCGAUUCAGAAGUAUCCAUUGUUGAUAGAGUUUUGAAUUUCCUCUCACGAUUGAUUACCGCAGGCAUAAAGUUCACCGAGGAAGAAGUUAGUGAGCUAUCAUUAGGAAUGAAGAACAUCGAAGGUUUGAAAGAGAAAUUGAAUGAGGAUGAUUUUUCCACUGUAAAGUAUGUAUUAUAG